AGUAGCACCGUUUGGAUACACCCCUCCCACUACAACCGCGAUGGCAUUGAAUUGGGCAAUGCUCGGGCCCGACAACGCCCCUCUUCCGCUCCCUCAUGAAAUGACGAUCUCCGCCAUCGACAAGGGCGCUGACCUGGUAUUACGCGUCCCAGAUGCCCCUCCGGCUCCGGGGGCAGCGUCGGGGGGAUCCGGCGGCUUCAAGACGCUGAAGGCCAGUGGGAGGGCCUUCGUUACGGAUAUGAGGUUCAUCUUCAUCAGUGCCGCGGGAUCCCCGUUCGACUCCCUGUCGGUCUCGCUGCCGUCUAUCCUCUCCACCAAGUUCGAGCAGCCCACCUUCGGCUCGAACUACCUCACGUUCGAGAUCAAGCCGGCGGCGGAGGGCGGUCUGACGAGCGGGACGACGGCGGAGCUGAGGUUCAAGGACACGCCCAUGUUCUCGUUUGUCGCGACGCUCGAGAAGACCCGCGAGAGGGCCAUUUAUAUGAAACGCCAGGAGACGGAACACGAAGACGGGUUGCCUGUGUACACAUCGCCCGGUGAAGGCCCGUCGACGUCCGUCAGUGGCACCACCGUGCCUGGAGAUGCCCCUCCCGGUUACGAACUCUAAUCCGUAUAUUUAAGGGCUGUAUGUACUAUCUACGCUGUUGCUUGAAGUCAAUCUUGAACGUUUAAACGUCGG